AUUCGCAUGUACGUUUUUUUUUAUACGGCACGGUACAAAUGCUACAUGGUAACCAAACGUACAAUCAAAACACAACAGCCUGUUCACGUUAGAAGUGGUAGUGAUUCGUACUGAGAACUAAAACUAACUUGCUUAGCGUUUCCACGAAAAAUGAGCCAUUGUUAAAACUUGUUUACGUUUGCAAGACGGUGACGCAGGACCAAACUGUCAAAAGCAGCCAAUCAUAGGACAGCCUGUACACACGAGUGUGGCAUAUUGCGAGGCCUCGUAGUGUAUGCAAAAAGCUAUUUCGAGGAGCUAUUCGACAUCGCAAAAGUUGGCCUGGUUUUCCAUCUUCAUAUGAUCGUGAAUCGCUGAGAGGGGCACACUGGCAUAAGAUUACCCCGCUGGAAAAUUGUCAGCGUGAUCUGUGCUUGCUGUUUCACUGAGCUGACAGUGCGUGUUUUGCGGCACGCAAUUCAGUUGUGGACAAGAACUUGUUCCACCGACUCUCGCGACCAAGGACAGGGAAUUAGUCAUCUUAUCUUCGUUUGGACAAUUUUGCCGUCUCAAGUAACAGCACACUGGUUUGACGUGGUUCAAAGCUGUCAAGUAAUCGUGACCCAGCCGGUGUACUUUAUAGAAACGCUGGUCAGUAGCAAAGUUUGGAGUGAUGCGGCCAAGCCAAUGAAUAUUGAACGACUUUGCAAGAGCUGAGAGGUGAAAGGAAGCGAUUUUGAUCACACACCCUCAAAACACUGCAUCAAUAAACGCUUCAUAUGGCGAGCCCUGCGACAUCACUUUUAGUCAGUUCUGAAGAAAGAUAUAAUGGUGCCAAGUUACGCUGGCUUAUUUUGGAUUGGGGUACACCAGCGUUAAGGUGCGUUUUCGAUGGUUUUCAUCCUCCUUCAAGGCUAGCUGCUACUCUCAACGUUGAACGUCAGACUCUAGAAAAUCUUUUGAAAAGACGUGUUCUGACGAGAACGCAGUGGAAUCAGCUAUUCCCGACUGAUGGCGUAUGUGUGGGUUCUGGCGAAUUUGACAUUACACUGCUUACCAUCCUUCUUACCAACAUUUGUGGCUUGCAUCGCCCGCGCACGGGAUGGCACGGCAAACCACCCUCAAGUGACACAUCACGAGAAGCAAAUAUCGCGCGUCUCAAAUAUUAUCGAAAUUUACUUUUUCAUCGCGCAAACGGCUCUGCAGUUUCCUCGCAAGACUUCGAAGUCUAUUGGCAGGAAAUUGCUGAUACCCUCAUUGCUUUUGGAGAGGACAGAAAUGCCAUAGACGCUCUGAAAGCCGAACCAGGAGGGAUUAAUGUGCUCGACAAACUGGAAAUGUGUGACUUUACGGCUGAAAUAGAAUAUCACGCAAGUAGAGGUCGAUUCCAGGACGGAACUCGUGAUUGGGCCUUUAACGAUGUCGAGGAUUGGCUGGAUGACAGAGAGUCUCAACACCAGGUAAUGGCAAUCACGGGAGAUGCAGGAAUGGGAAAGACGGUAAUAUCUGCUGUAAUCUGCAAGAGAAUGCAAGAGGCUGGCAGACUAUCUGGGAGUCACUUUUGCCAACACAACUUUCCCCGCUACCGUAAUCCCAAACUGGCGCUUCAGUCGUUGGCCUUCCAACUGAGCUGCAAUUUGCGUGGAUACAAGGAAGCUCUUGUGAAGCGGAUCUCGCGAAACUUCGGCGAUCAACUAAGCAGUCUGGGCGUAAACGAUCUGUUUGCUCUGCUUUUCAAGGAGCCUCUAAGCUCUGUAGCUGACCCAGGGAGAAACGUCCUCAUAGUUAUAGAUGGCUUAGAUGAAAGUGAAGAUCAAGGAAGGAACGAGUUGUUAGAUGUAAUUGCCAACCACUUUUGCAGGCUUCCCCGUUGGAUUCGACUUCUAGUCACCACAAGACCAGAGAAAAAGAUUUUGGACAAGAUGAGAAGUGUCAAGUCUUUGGAAUUAAGACACGACGAUGAAAGAAAUCACAGAGAUAUCGAGGUCUUCUUUGAAAGGCGAAUUUGUGACAGAAUACCUCCAGAAGAAACAAGUAGAAUUACAAGAGAGCUGGUGCAGCUGUCGGAAGGGCAGAUGUUACAUGCUUAUUUCCUCUUAGAAUUAAUUGAGAAAAGCACAUCACCACAAACCCCAGAGCAACUCCACUCAAUCUUCCCGCAAGGAAUUUCAGCAAUUUACACAACCUAUUUCAAGAGAAUGGAGGCUAAACUCGAGGAAGAAUUGGAGAGCAACUGCGGCAAAUUUCUGACCGAUUUCCUGUGUGCCCUGACAGCCACAAGAGACCCUUUGCCUAAAGAGUUUGUCACGGAAAUACUACGGCAGAACAUCAAUAUCUCAAAAAAUGAUCGUUGGAACGUUCAGCGAAAACUUGACAGUGUCAUCAGUUGUAUUUCAUCCCUUCUUCCCAUUCGAGGUGGCAAUGUUCACAUCUUUCACAAAUCAGUCAAAGAAUGGUUGACUGACAAAUCACGACAUGGAAGCCAUGAGUUUACCAUGUUGGAGAAGGAUGGCCACAAGAUUCUUGGUAAGAUUUGCGCCACAGAACUUGACAAGUUGAGGGCAAAUAAUGUACACGAUGCACCAUUCAGCGACACCCAAAAAUAUGCCUUACGACACGGGUUUCAUCACAUGCUAGACGCGUUAGAUGAUUUCAGCCAGCUGGAAGAACUGGUAAAGAAGUACGUAACGGAUCUGGAACUCGUUUACGCCAAAUUGUGUGCCAAGAACACCGACGUGCUGAAGGAAUUGCUCCUUGUCCAAGAACAUCGGAGUCACAGUGUAUUGAGCGAGGAAAUUGUCAGCAAAAUUGAAAGUUUGCAGUUGCCGUUCAAGAAGCAUGGUAGCCUUCUUCAAGAUCUUCCUCAUGUGAUUUUCCAAAACUUGCUGAACGAAGGAGGAUCGGAACUUUCUCGUGAAGUAUUACAAUUGCUUUCGGCCAAACACCUUGAAAUACCAUAUAUGGAGCUCCUAGACAAAAGCGAGUACAAGAGUCCUGUUAAAGGGCGAUUUUACUGUUCAGAUAAAGUGGUUUGUUUUGAUGUUUCACCAGAUGGGAAUCACAUGGUGUGCGAAGGCCGAGAUGGAACGAUUCAUUUAUGGUCACUUCAGACUGGUGAAGAAGAAUGGCAGCGGGUGAACUCCUGGGAAUCCAAAAAGCCGUACGGCGACGUUCCCUUUGGAACUGCUUUUCGAAGAAUUGGUACGAACGGUGAGACUGGAGGCCAGACACUUUCAUUUUAUCGUUCUACUGUUUUUCAUCCAAAUGGGCAGUAUAUAUUGCCUGGAAACAUGGCCAAUGUUUACAACUUAAGAGGACAGCCAACGUCACUCUUUCCAGGAAGUAACUGCCGUUUCACAGCUUGUUCUUUCUCUGGAGACAAGAACAGGAUGUUAACAGAUUGCCCAGCCAGUCGCAAAGAAGUAGUGGUGUGGAAUACAGAAAGUGGCGAGGAAGUCAAACGCUUCACGUGGGAAGAGGACAUCAAUUCUUUCGCCCUCUCCCCAGACGGAAAUCUUGUAGCAAUUUCCGACUCAAAAGGCUCUCUGUGGUGGUACAACGUUGAGAGUUCUAUUUUGGCACCUGAACUAGUACCUACAGAAAUUUCUAAUACAGCCUGUGGACUACUACACAUUACAACCAGGCGAACUCUUGUUUGUGGGAGCAUCGAUAACACUCAUUCUGAUCGCCGUGACGUCUACAAACUGAGGAGAAAUGUGUUUGACUCUGCCUUCAUAGCAAACCGCCAACCACAUUGCACUUGCAAUUCCAAAGUCUGGCUGUGGCCUUGGGAAUCCGUCGAUUCUUUGGACAGACUGCGAGCCGUUUGCAAAGUUUACCAUCACUUUGUUUCAUCAGAGGUGAUGAUAGGAUUUUGUUUCUUGUUACCUGGAGAUGUUGCAGUGGUUGGAGGUCCGACUGUUAAUUACUUGACAAUGCUUGAUGUUGCCCCCACCAACAAUGCAGGGAAGAUACCACGGACAGUGGAGAGUACAUUUGCAUGGGACGCCACCCAAGUGUAUACAGCCGUGACCACAAACAGCCAGAAAGAUUUUUCAGAUACACCAUGUUUAGUAACAGUAUCUGCUCGGGACGUCAACAGUGCCAGGGACGUAAGAGCAGAAAGGAGCGUUCAACACAGUAAUGCACGUGUCAACAAUGGGCGUCUGAGUUCUCCGGUUGAGAGAGGUGUUCUUUUUCAGACCACCAGCGACACAUUGCAAUUAUGGAACUGCAGCUUGUCUGAAUGUGACAAACCUAUGACCAUGCCAAGUAAAGUCGAGAGACUGAUUCCUGUAUCGAAGGAACUUGUUGGAUGCGUUUUACACACAUCUUCUUCCGAAGAACAACAUUCAUUGAAACUAUCCAUGAUCGACGUUUGUUCAAUGAAAGUUGUCUUUGAACGAGUUUUGGAUGGUAGAGCACAACUGAAAUCUGUUGCAUGCAGUAUUCAAAGGAACGUUGUUUUCUGCAAUGAACAAGAGACCAGCGACAAGCGCCAAUUGGUCCUCUACAAGAAUGUGGCAGAGAUGUUCACCUGGAAAAGAGACGACACGAUUUAUAAAGGCGAUUGUUCUUGGAGACAACCGCAUUGCGUGUUUUCCCCUAACGGAGAGGUGGUCGUGACUUGGAAUACUCUGAAUGAUGGGUAUGGAUUGCACGUCCUCAUGGCAAGAACAGGAAGAAAAAGCCACGUCUUCCUCGAAAACCGUUAUGACAUCGCUGACUGCAAGUUUCUCAACGAUGGAGAAUCUGUUCUUUGUUAUAGAUUUAAUGAUAACAACGUGUGGAUGUUCAAUGUUGCCUCAGGUCUAGUACUAGCUGUCAUAGACGUUGGCGAGCGACCAACUUGCAUAGGAAGUUCUCCUAACGAGUCUCUCAUUGUCGUUGGCCUUCGUUUCUCGAACCUAAAGUUGAUUCGAGCACGGCUGCCGAGACAAGGAAGAACUUGCGUCAGACGGACACGAGAAUCGAGACACCAAGAAGUUUCAGGGAGGUACUAAGGACAGACCUGGUGGACAUCGGCUGGUGGCCAAGAGAAGGGCCCGUGAUUGUGGGGCCCGUAAAUCGUAGUUGGUGACUUGAAUACUGCCAUUUGACACUUUUUUUCCCUCGAGUUCAGGAUCUCUGUGCGUUACAUUUUUGUGUAUGUAAACACUGAUUAUCUCACAAGAAUAAUCGAUCCCAAAAACUCGGGGGCGCGGGGAUUGGGCGAGGGGUAGGGGGGGAGGUGUUAGACUAAACCGUGAUUGGGUUUGAUUUCCUGAUUUAUUGAAAAGAAAAAAACAAAACAAAAAAGAAAAGAAAAGAAAAGAAAAGAAACCAACAACAACAACAAAAUCCAGCACGUUUGGUCUUGCUGAGCACGUUAUAUUGCACUGGCACUAGUUUAGUUUUCAAGGCAUUUACUGAUUUUUGGUUUAUUUGGAAGCUCAAUUGGCUUCUGAAUCUAGCUUAGAUGAACCAUAAAACUACGUAAUUCCACGAAAUUGUAUCACAACAACUAUGACAAAUUAUAUAUUCAUUCAAAGUGACACCCAGUCGUAACCAUAGUGAUAACAAACCGGAUACGACAAGCAUGCCUUUAGUUGUAAAGAAGGGAGGAUGCCCCCCCUACACUGACUGCCUUUACCGCUGGCCUAUCGUGGUUAUCCUGUACAGUCUUUGUUAUCCAGCUCCGCGUAGUGGCGUGUAAAAUGCACGUUUAAAACGAGUCCAAAUAUCUACUCUAGAACAUCGGUUUAUACCGAUAAUAUCUACUCUUGAACAUCGGUUUAAAAGCGAUUAUCAAUCGUCCGAAGGAUAAAAGAUGGCGACGGUACACCUACCCAUAAUUCUUAGCGAAUGAAAACCUUAAACAUAUGCAGAAAAGUUCUAAAUUCGUCAAAUCUAGCAUACAUCCUGUCCCUAGUACAGGGAAAAUAUUUCAAAACUAUGGCUUUAUCGCAUGGUUUAUAAAUGAGUACCGGUGAAUUUAAUGCUG